GUAGAUGCGACGUAAAUGAUGUGUUGAAAAUGAUUGAUUUGUAGACGGUUAAAAUGGAAUAUUCUUGGCAUAUGGAGGACAGUGGUACUAAUUUAAGGAGAUUGCAAAGAAAUCCAGGUCCGGGUCUCAUCGACGAGCUGGAGGCCUACAUGGCGCCCGUGGGGGACUACCCGCCGGACCGGAGGCUCGGGAACCACCAACUCCCGGAAAGCCCCCCCGACUCCGGCUCCGAGAACCCCUACAGCCCGGACACCUCCCACAUACCCGUCCUGCCAGAAUACGUGGUCCCCUCACACCUGCAGGAGCUGGUGCCUGGAGAAUACAUGUACGAGGAGCUGAAGGACAACCUGGACGUGGUGGUGAUGCCGGGCGAGGUGGAGCUGGGGGGGAGGCUGGAGGGGAUCUAUCCUAGGAUAUUUCCUUCCAGGUACAACCAAAUGCGAGUAGACCUCCCGGAGCUAGACCAGACCAUCAUCAGCCCUCAACUGGUGUCCCUCGGCCAUGAGACCUUAACACCAGUUUACACCACCCUACAGGAACCAAGCACGAAGAAGAGGAAGCACUCUCAAGACGUUUCUCAAGUCAAAUGUGAACCAGCAGCCCUAUCUCCAGAAACGCACGUCCGCCCAGCGCCACCUUCCGUAGACGGAUCAGAAGCAGGCGACGACGUGCCCCUCCAAUGCAUAAGAUUCGCGCCCUUCCAGCAGAAUCUGUGGCACACGCUGUAUGACUGCAACCUGAAACCGCUCCAACCCCCCUCAUACGUCGUCGGCGCCGACAAAGGGUUCAACUUCUCGCAGAUCGACGAGGCUUUCGUCUGUCAGAAGAAGAACCAUUUCCAAGUGACCUGCCAGAUUCAGAUGCAGGGCGACCCGCAUUACGUCAAGACGAAUGAGGGGUUUAAGAAGAUUAGCGGGUUUAGGCUGCAUUUUUAUGGUGUCAAAGCCGAGGAUCCCAGUCAAGAAGUGAGGGUAGAACAAAGCCAAUCCGAUCGCACUAAGAAACCUUUCCAUCCUGUACCAGUGGAACUUAGACGCGAAGGAACAAAAGUCACCGUCGGCCGCCUCCAUUUUGCAGAGACCACCAACAACAAUAUGAGGAAGAAGGGACGGCCCAACCCUGACCAGAGGCAUUUCCAAUUGGUGGUGGCUCUUAGAGCGUAUGUUCCUAGUGGGGAUGUUAUGGUUGCUGCUAGCGCUAGCGACAGGAUUAUUGUCAGGGCGUCAAACCCAGGACAGUUUGAGUCAGACUGCACCGAGAACUGGUGGCAACGGGGCGUAUCCGACAACAGUGUACACUUUAACGGUCGUGUCGGGAUUAACACUGAUCGGCCUGACGAGUCCUGUGUCAUUAAUGGUAAUCUCAAAGUGAUGGGGCACGUUGUGCACCCAUCGGAUGCUCGGGCAAAGCAUAACAUUGAGGAGUUGGAUACAGCGCAGCAGCUGAAGAAUGUUCAGAGCAUCAGAGUUGUAAAGUUCAACUACGACCCGUCCUUCGCCGAGCACUCGGGCCUGCUCGGGUUCGACCCGACGUCCCCCGCCCCGCAGGCCGACACGGGGGUCAUCGCGCAGGAAGUCAGACAAGUACUGCCUGAAGCGGUGAAGGAGGCAGGAGAUGUCACGCUGCCAAAUGGGGACACUAUACACAAGUUUUUGGUUGUCAAUAAGGACCGUAUCUUCAUGGAGAAUCUCGGAGCAGUCAAGGAGUUGUGCAGAGUUACUGGAAACCUGGAGUCCCGUAUAGACCAUUUGGAGAAGAUUAACAGGAAACUGUGCAAAAUUAACAUUCUUCAGAGGAGAGACAGUGCUCGAUCUAAUAUUAGCAGCGACUCCCACUUCUCAGCCAUAUCCUCCUCAUCAAAAUCCUUCUACAGCGACGGCAACAUAUCCAUAGACCAAAUACGCGACAUAGCCCGCAACAUCCGACGACACGAGUGUUGCCAUAAACUGAGUCACAACUCCCCCAAAUACACAAGGAAACAAUGCAAAACCUGCCACGACCCACGAAACUACUCAAAAUACGGAAAAUUCUACAACAACAACAAAACCUGCGUCAGAUAUCAUAAAGAAGAAAACCACGAAUGCAAAUUCCCGCCUUACGUUGGCACUUUGGAAUCUGACAUUCAGAAAAUCUCAGAUGACAGCACGAUGUCGAAAAAAAAAGAUACUUGUCUGUGGUUGAAGGAGGAUUUCGCGCCUGGCAGCACCAAGUUGGCGUUUUGUUGUAAGAAGGAAUACAGUGAUGCCAGCAGCGAAUUGAUUUCGAAUAAGUUUUUGCAGAUCGUGAUCACGAUUUUAAUUUUCAUUAUGGCUGUUUGUUUGGUGGUAAUGUCCGCCCUAUAUUUCCGCGAACAUCAAGAGUUGCUAAACAUGAAGGAAAACAGACAGCAUGAGAAAUACACGUACUACAACUAUAGGAAAGAAAACAUUCCUUACAGAGCUACGCCCCCCGACUUGAACCAAAUACAGAAUUUGAAAUUCUCACAACAUGUGCCUUCGAAGAAAAAUGCAAAAGAAAAAGGCCCACACAAAACAACUCAGGAGUUUCCGACCACACCGUCCACAGAGUCUCUGCGCACAAUCGCUUCUACCCUACACGCUUCAAGAAACUAUGUCCGGGACGUGCUAAACAUGGACACCACACACUCACCGCUGGACCGCGCGAUCUCAAUAACAGCAACAGCAGACAUCGUUGGAAAACUCGCAAGUGCUUGCAGCUUUUCUGCUAACUCUGAGAAUGACCUGUACGCUGAAUGCCAGUCGCCAUGCAACCUGGAACCCCCGCAAGCCUUUGAGAACCAGGAACCCUUAGAGCGGAAACCAGAGCUUAAUGAUACCUUCAGACCCCCAGAACCUCCAGUAAAGGAUAAUAAACUCCCAAACAUCCCAGUGAUACCUGAAAAAAAUGCAACAGAGCCCCUAAAACAAGAUAAUGACUCUAUCCAACGCUUCAAAAAAAUACCCGACGAAAUAAUGGCUGAAAACACUUUGCUGGAUCCUAAUAAGUUGAACCAGACGGAUAACUUGACUGGGAGAGUGAGAAGAGAGAUAGGGAAACGAGUGAGGAAGAGAGAGGCGAACGAAGCUUUGUCAGCUUCGAUGCGGAGCUCGGAGGAGAAUCUGGAGCAGCUUUCUGCGGAAAAAUACCCAGUUACCUUCGGUAUCGCAACGCAAUCUUUUACGAACGAUUCGCUCUUCACUGCAAUGCUGACGUCACACAUGACGUACAACAUCACCUACACCGUCCCGCUCUCGCACUGCCUGCAUGAUAAGGACAUUGAUAUGGUUAUCAGGUCACCUCACCACCAACUUAGCGAGGUCCGCCUCUGCGACCUCCAAUGCGACGACGCGGACAAGAAAUGCCUCCGGGUCCGCGAUGACACGAAGCCGUUCUUACAAUACGGUGCCUGGGUGCUCAGAAUGCCUCUGAGCUGCAAGAUGGAUAGGAUGCUCAGGAUCAGAGCUUCGUUUGCGCCUAAUAAGAACAUCUGCUUUGCCUCGGACCACAUAUCGUCGCUCCUGGUCUACAAUAUACACGUUUACAGAGAUUGUAACUGAUGUUUGUCAUAAUAGUUAUUUGUCAUAAUUUUUCGUUUCGAUUAGCUCGUGUUUGAGUUUUUGUGUUGUAAACUCCGAAGUAUUUUAUGGUAAUUUAAUAGAGCUUGUGUGGAAAGAGAAGACUCCUGAAAGGUAUGGGCUAUUGCAUUCCACGACUCUUCUCUUUCCGCACACUCUAUUCUACAAAACUGUUUAGCCAACGUCAGUAACUUUACAUUAUUAUGUUGAGUUUAUCAACCCUUCUAUAGACCGACCUUCUAUAGUGCGGGCGCCGUACGCCUGCCGCCUGCACCUUCCCCGCCCCCGUAGUCGUCCUACCCCGUCGCCCCCGUACCGCGCAGGCGAGGACUCAUUUAAGCGGUCGGUCUAUAACACUACACGUGAUCGUGUGCGGCGCGCUAUUAUGAUCUUUGUUGGAAUGCACGAAGGUUGAUAUUGGGCUGUAGCGACGCGCGUCAAUUGACGUCUUUGGCGGUCAAAAAUUUAAGAGGACUUCAUAGAAAUGAAAGAUAUUUAUAAAUAGUAAAAGCAUUUAAAGUUCAUAAUGACAUAUCUUUAUUAAGAAUCUCGUUAGGAUCUGAAAACUUGGUGAUGAAAAUAAUUGUACUCGUUUUUUUUUUCAAAUGGCUGUAAACCAUUUCUCUCUACAGCCUAAGAAAUUUGAAUAGGUUUCAUUUUCACUUAUUUUUAGUAUAUUUUAAUAAUUAUAUAGGUUUUUAUCUGACAAAGUGUUUAUUGUGUAUAUUUUGGUCGUAUAUUUAAUGUGUUUUGUCAAAAGUAUUAAUUACUUAUGAUUCAAUAAUUAUAAGUAUAUGAUGAUAGCGAUUACUAGACAUAUUUUUCUUAUAUAAGUAUAAUAUUUCCUAAAUAAUUCAAUACAUUCCUGAAGUGCAAUUAUAUUUAUAACGUCCGUCCUCUAGGCUCAAAUACUAAAUGCGUAUUUGUUAUAUAUUUUAUGGAUAUUCUCAUAUAUUUCCACAUGAAUCUCAUAUAUAUAUAGAUAUAUGGACUAAAUUUUGAGGUAUAAAAUUUUUAAAUUAUACCUAUUUUUAAGAACCUUGUCAUUAAUUAUAAAUGAAAUCACAUUCGAUAAUCAUUUUUUACACAUAGUAAAUAUAGUAAAAGGUACAGCACAUAGCGAAUUGACAUUAUACGAAAUAUAAACCGCCUAGGUAUAUUUUUAUUGCAUAUAAUUUAAAUUUGUGUUUUUUAAUAUAUUUUUACAUAACAAUUAAAUGCAUACAUGCUAUAAAUUGUGAAUACAGAUGUCAAUCACAAUGAAAAAAAACAUACAUACAUGCUUUUGACGAAAUAAGACAGUAUUUUCAUAUAUUUUAAAAUGUCAAAAUGUUUGACAUAAUUUUGAAUUUAUUUUCAUGAAUUUGUUACAUUUUAAGAUUGAUGAUAUAAUAUUUAAGUCAAUUGUAAGUAAAUAAAAUUUGGUGGUAGCUUUUUUAUUUUACUUUACAGUACAUAAAUGUACAUUUUAAUAUGUUUUGUUUGUUAUUGAUAAUCGUUUACGUAUAUGACGUAUUUUAAAGCUUUAUUGUUAUUUUAAGUGUAUUUUGUUCUAGAAAAAACUUAUUAUAAAUGAUAUUUAAUACUCAUUUUUGGUAUUUUCACUGGUUUUCUUCACUAUAGAUCUCUUCUGAAAAAUAUCUCAACGAAUUUUGUGCUUUAUAUUUGACGCAAUAGAGUACACUUUACGAUUGUAAUAUACACAUUCCAAGCCAGUACUUAACUAGAAAAUAAGUAAAUAUUAAGACCAGUUCCAGUCUAGAAAAAGUAGUGCCACUAUCCUUUAUACCAACAUAAUAUAUUUAUUAAAUAAUAAUGUCACUUAUUUUUAAAAUAGGCUUCUAUUAUUUUAUUGCUCAAUUGUUUUGAUUAGGAUUGAAACCUUUAAUUCUUAUUUUUAUGUCAUUACGACAUUUAUGACAAUUUCAAUAUAAAAUCUUUACAAAAACCAGUGUAUUUUAUGAUAAAUUCUUUUUCUCAAAACUGUGUUAAGAUUAAUUUUACGUCUUGCCAUAUUUUAGACUUAUUUAAAAAGUAGGUGCAUCACUUUGUAUUACGACAUAGAUUAUAGUUAUCAUAAUUAGGUCAAAUAUAAUUAUAGCAAGCAUUUUUAUAAGAUGUUUGUUUGCUCCACAUUCCGAUAAAAUAGAUGUGUCGAGUUUUAUUUUUGAAAUUAUUUUUACUUUAAUUUUUAGUUGGUAAACUAGUUAAUAAUGAUAGAAGGUAAAUUUAUUUAUGUAAUAAUAAAAGUUGUAUUGUCUUUGUAGUGUUAAGCGUCCACAAAUUUGUAAUGUUAAAGAGACAUAAAUAAAAUGUAGUAGAGUAAC